AUGGUCCAAUUUGUACUUCUUCUCCUUCUGGCUUCAUUGGCUUCAUUUGGUAUUUCUAAUAUUAUUAGAAAAGAGAAUUACAGGACAAUUGAAAUAAUUAUACAAAAAUACAAAGCACUCGGAGCAUCAGAAAUAGAUGAAGUCAAAAACGAACGAUACGAUUUCCGAUUUUGCGCUUGUGAGAACGAAACUGCGGAACCGGAAAGAAAUAACGGUUGUAGUUGUUCGACAGUUGUCAGCGGUCAGACAGCGUAUAAUUCGAUACCACAAGCACUGUACUCGUCUAGCUGCAUUCAUAAUCCUCAAUACAAUAAAUGUCUCGUGGCCCAAGUGGCAGCUAAUUCCAUUCAGGCAUCAUUCUUACUUUUCAAUUUGCUCAACUACAUCUGUUUGUCCAAUGUUCCAUUAACUGAUUCAAAGCAAAUAUAUUUGUCUGCUAAUGUACAACCUGACAAGACGGAACGUUGGCCAUCCAAAUCAUUAAAAAAAUUGUCUUUCAUAGAAACAAGCAUAAAGGAUUUUAAUAGUAUUGCGAAAAUCAAAGAAUACUUACUACAAAGUGCCAAAAAGCAUCAUUUAUCACCUUCUCAUUUCAAUAUUGCUUUCUACAAAGAUAAUCUCGUUAAUCGGCAUAAUGAUUACCGUCGAAGACAUGGUGUCGGCUUGCUUGGAGUCAACAGUGAGCUUGGACGAAUAGCUGAAGCAUGGGCAGAACACUUAGCUAACAAGGCAGAUUGUUUGACACACGACCCAUCAAAAAGAUAUGGAGAAAACUUAUUCUAUUAUGCAACGGAUUUAUUACCAGAUGAAGAAACAAUGGCACUGAUGACUGUACAAAGCUUCUAUCUUGAAGCAUAUGGAUAUAAUUAUGAAACGCAUCAUCAUUUGGAUUAUCAUCGCACUGGACACUUUACUCAACUUGUAUGGAAGUCCACAACACAAAUAGGUGUUGGCGUAGCAAUGCGACACUUCAAUGGACGCCGCGCUAAAAAUUGUCAGCCCGAUUUCCCAUCUACAUUGAUUUAUGUCGUUGUUAAAUAUGAUCCACCCGGAAAUGUGCUUGACAAGAGAAAUUACGACGACAAUGUUUUGCCACCCAUACAAAGUCAAGCCGUACGAAUUGUUGGUACUUGGAGCUCUCGCAAUAAUCGAUUCUCAAUCCUUGCUAAAUUUGGCUUCCAGCAGAUAGAUCCGUUGGAUGUGGAGCAUAGUCGUGGAUUUGUUUAUGGCAAUGUAUCAUCAGAGAUAGUUAAUGGAGCACGAGGAGUAUUGCUGAUUGUACCGAGAACACUUAUCAAUGGAUUUCUUAACAAAACAGCGCGCGAACAGUCAUGUGACUUUUUACUGCAGAAUAUCAGUUCAGUUGCAUUUGAAACGAAGUGCUUUCCGAAUGGUAAAGGCGAUGUGAUGAGGUGGAUUCCGUGUCCAGUAGGAAAACUUUGUAUUGAGGAAGAUAUGCCUGGAAAGGUAGUAAAUGGUUCACAAAUGACUCUUAGGAUAGAGGAACCGUCAACUCCUCAAUAUUGGUAUGUGAUGAUGGCUGCCUGUUAUUUGGACUCUUCCUGUUUGUGGAAACCUUCAGUCAAGGAAAUUAUUGUACAUUAUGAUUUAUGGCUUACAAAUGGAAGUCCUCUUAUGCGUUACUUGAAUCCAUUCGGCCAUCAGUUCAGCUUCGAAGAACAAAAUUCUGCCGAGAUAUACAUGCUUUUGUUUAUACUCUAUAUAGUGGUUGGAUUUUGUCAGUGGCGUUCUGUGGGAGCAUUGUUUGCUCGUUUCCUUGGUGAAAUUGCUCGUUUGAUGUCGACGUGCCUUCUUUGCUUACUGCUCAUAUUACUUAGCUGUGGUUGGUCAUUCGGCAACAGUAGUGAACUUUUGCUACAUCAAAAAAUUAUUAUUGUCUGGGGGCUUCUUACAUCUGCUCAUUUCCUGCUCUUUUUCAUCAAUUUUUUUUUCGUUGACGACGUACUGCAAGAUGUCGACAUAUUUAAAUCUUGGCCAGGCUACGCAAUGCUUAUGAUUCGUAUGCUGCAAACGCUCUGGUUUUUGGUACAAAUUCGCCGCCUGAUAAAUGAAGAGAUUGAUGAGCAAAAAGCAAUCUUCUUGGCGCAUUUCGGUGCUGGUUUUCUUGUAUGGUUUGUUUAUAUCUUAGGUCUUGGGAUUAUUGCUUCUUUUGUAUCUGAAUUGUGGAGGUUUAAAAUAAUCCUUGCCAUAACAGCAGCCGCAAAUUUUGCGGCAGUCGCGUGCUUGGUGCAUUUAUUUUGGCCUACCAAUUCGAAUAGACAUUAUUUUUUGGCGGAUAUCACAUCACAUAAACGGUUUGUUCUGGCUAAUGAUGAUGAAGGCGGGGGUUUCGAGAAUCUGCUGAUUAGUGAUAGUGCUGAUGCUGAUACGGAUAGUCUUGUUAGUAGUGUAGUGGAAAAUAUCUGA